AUGCGCGACCGCUCGCAAGACAGAGCCGAUGUCGACUCGAGCAACAAAGCAAAGGUCAAGAAGGACAAGGCCCAGGACCGCGAGGGUCACAUGUACAAGAACAACAACUCAUCGGCCUUCUUCGACUUCCGCCAGAGUUCAUCACGCGCAACAGACGGUAUCACCAAGGCCAGCAAAGGCUUCCUGAGCAAGAUUACCCGUGGUGGUAGCAACCACGGCAAACCUCACCAUGUUACUGACGAUGGAGACUAUGUCGUACAAGUGCUCAACAAGCCCUUGAUUGAGCAGACGCGCCUGACGCGUAUCGCGCAAUCGUAUGACGACUGCAAGGAUAAGACCGAGUUCUGGAUGCCCGCUCUGCCGUGGCGCGCGAUUGAUUAUCUGAACGGAAAAUGUGAAGAAGAGGGCCUCUACAGAGUCUCGGGUGGUGUCGCCAACGUCAGAAAGUGGAGGAGACGCUUCGACACGGAACUCGACAUUAAUCUUCUGGACGAAUCGGAACUGUACGAUGCCAGCAUUAUCGCAUCUCUCUUCAAGGAGUGGAUUCGUGAGCUUCCCGAGGACAUCUUCCCCAAGGACGCCCAACACCGCAUCACCUCUCAAUUGCCUACCGAAAUACCCGACAAAGGCUUCGUUCCUGAGGUACUACGCCGUGAGCUCCAGCAUCUUCCACCAUUCAAUUACUAUCUCCUUUUCGCCAUCACUUGCCAUCUCAGCCUGUUGCUCGAGUAUCAGCACAAGAACAAGAUGACUCUGGAUAACUUGUAUCGUUGCUUCAACCAAUCUCUGAAGCUUGAUGGCCGUAUUUUCUACACUCUCGUCGGAAACUGGCGCUUGUGCUGGGCUGGCUGUGUCACCGAAAACGAUUACCUGGUCAAGGAAUACGACUACCUGAAGCACCCUUAUCCUCAGUUCAUUCAGGACAGUCUGGCAGCCAACGAGCGUGCCAUCUCAUCCUCUGAGGGCAGUGCUCCACCUGCCAACGACACUUUCACUCCCGAAGUCCAGCGCCCUGCAACCUCGCAUACUCUGUUUUCGCAAUCCAGUGAGAGUGAUGAACCGUUCAUCACUCCUGUCAAGAAAAAUAACCGCAGCUCUUCUGAUGUGACUGGCCUGUCACCGAUGCGUUUCAACUCGAGUCCACUCUACCGCGGACCGACAUCCAACCCUUGA